CAUAGUAUCCAUAUUUUUAUUAUCUAUUGGGACGACGUCGUCGUGAACGCUCGCACAUAUCGUACACUCACACCGUCCGGAAGAUGUGGAUAGCAACAUGGUGUUUGGGCUUCGUCUUGUUCUCGUGUCCCAAUUGCCUGUACGUUGGCAUCGGACUCGCAGCCGCCCAAAACAAAAACAACUGUGAUUCACAGGUAACCAAAAGUAAACCACAGAAUUUAACUGUUGCUAAUGUAACCAGUCGAACAAUAACAAUAACAUGGCUCGCACCAAAAGAUGGUGAGGAUCGAAUAACCAAUUACAAUCUUUAUUAUUCACAUGACAAUAACACAUAUGCAAGAUUAUUGGCAAAUACACACAUAUAUACAAUUGUAAAUCUCAUACCUUACACUGAGUACCAAUUACACAUUGUAGCCAAAUGCGAACAAUAUAUAAAAAGUGAAUCUUCAGAUACGAUAAUUCAAUAUACUGAUGUUGAUGGUCCAGGUCCACCAAUUAUUACAAAUGCUACAUGUGUACCAGGAACUAAUGGUACAUCUAUUUUCUUACAAUGGACUACACCUCGACUAUUUUAUAGAUCAGUGGAUGAAUAUAUUAUAUAUGUUUAUGAUACUUCUGAUAUUGUUAAGAAUUUCAACAUUUCAUUACCAAAAGACAGUAUCAAUUCAAAUCAUAACCAGUACAUUGUUCAAAACUUAACAGACAAUACCAUGUAUGAAUUAAAAAUAAAAGGAGCGACAAAAAGUUUCCUAGGCAAUCAUUUAAUUGAAGGUGAAGCUUCAGAACCUCGUUCUGUCUACUUACAUAAAGAUUGUGAUAAUGAUAAUACUUCGAAAAAUAAUCAUAAUUAAAUUGAAAAUACAAAAUCCCUUUUGAUUGGUUUAUGUUGCGUAUUGGGAUUACUAUUCAUUGUAGCUGUUGUUUUAUUAUUAUUGAAAAUAUUCAUUUUUGUUUAUAAACAUUAAUAUAACAUAUUUUUAAAUUAAA